UGCAUGCUCAGUGUGGGAUUUGCUGACCUGUCAUUGCUGUUUAAAAUUGAACAACUUUGCAACUUUUACCAUGGAAAUCAUCAAAUCUGAAAAACAGCAGAUCAAAAUGGACCCUGAGAUGGACUCACAGCUGAAGAUCGGGUUCAUCGGUGCAGGGAACAUGGCGUUCGGCAUCGCAAAGGGCAUCUUGGCCGGAAAUGUUCUGCCUUUAAACCUCAAAGUGAGCGCACCGUCCUCAAGGAACCUGGGACGCUUUCAGGAGCUUGGGAUUUCCGUCACUCACUCCAACAGCGAAGUGGUCGGUAGUUCAGAUGUGAUCUUCGUGGCGGUCAAACCUCACCUGGUUCCACCGGUUCUCAGCGAGAUCUACCAACACGUCAACGACAGACACAUUAUCGUGUCCGUUGCAGCCGGUGUAACGCUGGAAACAUUAGAGGAGCUCCUUCCAGAGAAUUCAGUCGUCAUCCGGUUGAUGCCAAACCUGCCGUGUUUAGUCCAGGAAGGCGCUCUCCUGUUUGCGCGGGGAUCACGAGCCAAACAGGAGGACGGAGCACUGCUGCGGUCUUUGUUGCACCGCUGUGGUUUAGUAGAGGAGGGACCCGAGUCCUGGAUCGACAUCCACACCGGACUGAGUGGGAGCGGAGUUGCUUUCGUGUAUCUGUUUGCGGAGGCGCUGGCAGAAGGAGCCGUUAAAAUGGGCAUGCCGAGCGCUCUGGCCCACAGCAUCGCGUCUCAGACUGUUCUGGGUGCCGGCCGAUUGUUACGUGACUCUGGGAAGCAUCCGGCUCAGCUCCGCUCUGAGGUCUGCACCCCAGGAGGAACAACCAUCUACGGGCUUCACACGCUGGAGCAGGGAGGCUUGAGAGCGACGACCAUGAGCGCCGUAGAAUCCGCCACUGAGAGAGCCAGAGAGCUCGGCCGAAAGUCAGCGGCAGCGGGAUCCAAGAAAUGACUGCUGCUAGUUGCCUUUCCAAUUAACUGCUCGACAAACUUUAAUUUAAGAAAAGCCGACAGCAAACAGACUUAAUUUUUUAUUUUUUUUGCUCAAUGUCAUCAUGGUACAAAAAGACUAAACAUGACCAGUGAUUCUUUUUAUUUCUCCUCUUUUUCCCCCCCUCCAAACAAGUGCAGUUUAUACUUCUCAUCUUCUAUUUCACGUGUCUGACAAGAAGGAUUUAAUGUGAGUGAAAUAAUUCAUAUGAGCUACAUUUAUAUGCACACCAUUGCAUGUGAAUGUACUCUACAUGCACACUAAUAUUAAAGCAGUAAUGCAACCCAUAUAAACAUUAAGGUACAUUAAAGUAACCAUCUCAAAGA